GUUUUUCCUAGUCUGUGAGAAAACAAAGGGGCGAGCGGAGCAGAGGAGUUUCCGUUAUCCAAUUUCUUUCUCUCUCUACGAAGAUUUUUGUUUGUUGAGAAAAACAAAAAAAACAAAAAAAAAUUUUCUUGCUCUUUCUCUCUCCUGGAAAAAUUUUCCUUAGGGUUUUUGAGAAGUUCUCUUGUCUCUUUCUCUUUGUUCGGGGAACAAGAAAUUUGAAUCCGAAACAGUUUUUUUUGAGUAACCAUGAUUUCUGAUUCGAUCACCAGCGCUUCAAUUUCUUCUCUAAUCCCCAACAACAACAACGGCAGGGAUUUAGGCAAGAAAAAGAGGGCCAGGACUGCCAAAUUGAAGCAGUGCAAGCUUGAUGUUCGUCGCGAGCAAUGGCUUUCUCAAGGAGCUGUUAAGAAUAAGGGUUGCAAGGAAGAACCUAAUGGCGUGGUUCAAACACGCAAAGCGAAUAACCGUUCUUUGGAUAAUUUAGAAAUGAGGCCGGGAGGGGAAGAGGAUGACAGAUCGGUCCACCACCAUGACAGCGAUUCCGAGUCGCCGUCGAACAGUCCCACCAGUCUGACCAGUAGUGUCUUAGGAACCAAUGAUUCAGGGACAAAUUUUACUGGUUCCAGCAGCAGUAGCAGCAGCAGCAGUAGUAGCAGUGGUGGAUGUUGCUCUGGAAGUAUUACAGAGGAAGAAGAAGAAGGGGAUGAUGGGUGCCUGGAUGAUUGGGAGGCAGUGGCUGAUGCUUUGGCCGCCGAUGAGAAACCGCAAAACCCCUGUUCUGAAUCUCACCCGGAGCACCAAUCAAUUGGCAAAUUGGUUUCUCCUUGCCAAAUGACUCAUGGUCCAGGUCUAGGAAUUGGGAUUUCGAAACAGGUCCCAAGGGCUUCAGGGAAUACCAGAGCAUGGAGGCCAGAUGAUGCUUUUCGCCCUCAGAGCUUGCCUAAUUUGUCCAAGCAACUUAGCUUGCCUAAUUCGAACAGGCAACACUAUGGCUGUGGAGGUGUCCCAUGGGCAUGUAACAAUGUUAUGCCUGCACCAUCUUCUUGUCCAAUAUGCUAUGAAGAUUUGGACUUUACAGACUCGAGCUUUUUGCCUUGUUUGUGCGGGUUCCGGCUCUGUCUUUUCUGUCAUAAGAGGAUUCUUGAGGAGGAUGGACGCUGUCCUGGCUGCAGGAAGCCUUAUGAGCGUAAUGCUGUUGAGGCAGAGCCGAGUGUGCAUGGAGGAAAAUCAAUGCAUGCUUGAGGCCAUAUGAUGUCCUACAGCCUGUGGGAAAUGUAUAUACUUCCCUAUCUAUUCGAAUUUCUUUCUUCACAAGCAUCGAGAGAAAACAAAAGACCUGUUCUUUUGUGUAGUUAGAUUUCUCUCUCUGAAGGGAAGGUGGUCUUCGAAAUCAAGUACGUAUCAUCAAUAAGAUUCUUGGAAGUUAACUUUCCUUAUAGAAAGGAAGGAUGGAGCAAAAAGAGUAUCAUGACUUUUUAGUUUCUACUGUCGUUUUAUAUUAUGUGAAACCUCCAUUUCUAUCGUGGCUAUUCAAAGAAAAGAGCAAAGAGUUUUUGUGUAUGAUUUUCUUUGAAAUGCAGAAAGUGGCACACUGCAGUGGUUGGUAUUUGUAAGUAGAGGGCGCGUAUAAGUUCAAUUUUCGAUCUUUAAUCAUGGAGCUUGUUGGGCUGGGUUGGUGUUAUAUAUUAGCAUAUUUGUUUUAGCUAAUUGUGAACUGUCUGGUAUUUGUCUUUUGGCUAUUAUAGCAUUCGUCAGAUAUGUGUAGUAUAUAUUACUGCAAUAAAUUAAUAUUAUUUAUUA